AUGACCAAGAUCGCUAUCAUUUACUACUCUACUUACGGCCAUGUCCUCACUUUGGCCAAGGCUGUCCAAGCUGGUGUUCAAACCGCUGGCGGUAAAGCUGACAUUUUCCAAGUCCCUGAAACUUUGAGCGAAUCCGUCUUGAAGGCCAUCCACGCCCCAGAAAAGGACGCUUCUAUUCCAAUUGCCACUGUUGAUACUUUGAAAGAAUACGAUGCCUUCUUGUUUGGUAUUCCAACCAGAUUCGGUAACUUCCCAGCCCAAUGGAAAUCCUUCUGGGAUGCCACCGGUGGGUUGUGGGCCAGUGGUGCUUUGUACCACAAGCAAGCCGGUCUCUUUGUUUCCACCGGUACUCCAGGUGGUGGUCAAGAAACCACUGCCAUCAACGCCAUCUCCACUCUUGCUCACCACGGUAUGAUCUACGUCCCACUCGGUUACGGUGCUGCUUUCUCACAAAUCACUUCUCUUGAAGAAAUCCACGGUGGUUCCCCAUGGGGUGCUGGUACUUUUGCCGGUGCUGACGGUAGCAGACAACCAACUAAUCUUGAAUUGGAAAUCGCCACCAUUCAAGGUAAGGAAUUCUUCAAGGUUGUUUCCAAAUAA